GACAUCGGCGCCGGGACGCCUCAGUAAGUCGGUCGUGCAGCGCGACGCCACUUAUUGCACCGACCGUCCAAAAUACCACACUUGGUUUUCAAUUUUCCAAUUUUCUUUUUUUUUUUUGCUGCAAAACUAUUUAGCGUGACUGUGCCCUUAAGUGGACUCUUACCUGUAUGGAUGUCAGUGGCGUCGCGUUUUACAAUAAUUCGGUUAAAAUGCGACCGAGUCGUUGUGCAGACGCGCCCUUAAACGGCCCUGCCCAUCGACAACAGGUGCGCAGUACAGGAUCGGCAGACGGAGGGGUUUGCGUGUGGCAAAAUGGUGUUUUGUGAACUGUUGGGGAUCAGAAGAAAUGCCCGUGAGCACGGGACUAACGUCAUUCCAUCAUCAAGGCUCCGCAGCAUCGGAGGCUCCAAGGGCCAAACGGUGCAAACUCUGCGACGAAUCCAGUCAUCGCAGUGAGCCAGGUAGCGGCUUCUGGCAGCUCCAAUUAGACCGGGAUUUGGUCGAUACCAUUUCGGCCAUCUACCCGGAGUGGUUCAAAGACAACAUGACAGAUAAGGGUGGUAAUGGGGGUGCGGCGGCGAUCGGUCGACACCAGUCGCCGUUUCGCGAAUCGCCCCCCAAAGCUAUCAUCGAUACGUCCCCAAUUCAUAUGGAUCAGAACAAAGAAUCCCUCAAGGUGAAGCUUCUUCUGCGGAGGCCGCUCGACCAGCUGGUGGCCCAAGGAAUAGUGCCCCCCCAAGGCCAACGAAAAUCAGCAGAACGGGCGAAAACGGGUGAUAUCCUAAAAGCGAAAAUCCAACAGAGACCGCCACGACAAGAACUCGAGCGCAGGCACAUCCUGGAAGCCGAAGCAUUGCACGCUGACCCGAGCUUGGCCGAACGGCAGCGCAUGCUUAAAAAAGCCCGUCUAGCCGAUCAACUUAACGAUCAACUGUCGCAUAGACCAGGCCCCCUGGAACUGAUCCAGAAGAAUAUCUUGCACACGGAAGAGCCUAUAGAGCAAGCAGUGAAAACUGGCCAAAUACCUUAUAAGGCUACCAGUGAAGGUGCUUUAAAGCGGCCGCAACAUCCCCACAAUUAUAUUAAUCCCGAGGAAGAUUCGCAAGGCAGUUCCGAAGGUGACGCCACAGUGAGUCCUGGACCUAUCGACGUUAUCGAAACAGCCGCAAAGUCCGCAGGAAUAGUUGUGUCGUUAAUACAACCCGAAGGAACUGUUGUGCUUACUACAGCCACGCCUGGCUUAUCAAAAGACAAUACUGAAAUAGUGUUUGCUGAUAUGUGUAGACCUUUACUUUCUCAAGGCAGCGCGAGUCCUGCUUCUUUAGUGUCAUCAACGUCAACUUUAAGUCCCCUAUCUUCUGUAGCUAGUCCAGUGUCGUGUAUAGCCUCACAACCGGCCACGCCCGUUCCGGUAAUACCUCCGCCACCUCCACCACCAAGACUUAUACCUCCCAGCAUCAAAUGCGAUGCACCUGGCAAAGACAAAAACCGAAAAAAAUCCAAAUCCAAAUCGGCACCUAAAGCGCGCACAAUUAAGUUUCACGAAUACAAAGGACCACCCAGCGCGCAAAAAAGCAGUAGCCUUAACGGCCCAGGCAACGGAGAAAGUAGUUACGACUUGUUACUAAAACAGCAAACUUUGUUGUUGCAAUUUCAGUUGCAGCUGCAACAUAAAUUCCCAAAAAUAAUUCUACCUGCAUCGCAAAAAAGAGACAGUGAAAGUAAUAAUGGAAUAAGCAUUAACAAUUCUAGUAGCAUCAGUAGUAGUAUAAACACCCAACAACCUUCUCCUGCGCCUUCAACGUCUUCAGAAUCCUCAGUAGUGCCAAGCAAAAAGUUGGAAGACAUGAAAGUGAGUGAUCUUAGAGCCGAACUCAAACGCCGUAGCUUGCCAGUUUCCGGAUGCAAACCUCAAUUAAUAGAACGGUUAAAAUCCCACUCCACCAGUCAAAGUUCCGACACUGUCAACCACAACCCCGGCUCAGUAGAUUCUUCAAUACACAGCAACGCUAGCAUGGAUCAAUCCCAUAACAGUCCACCUUUCCAAGAUUUAGGUUCACCUAGCGAAUCACUCAAAGACGAUCACCACGACUACAUGGACAUUGCCGAUCCAGUAAGUCCUGCACCACAAUCAGAUAGUGCGCAAAAACUCAACGAAGAUCUAGUCAGAGAACAACAAAGACAAAUAGAAGAACUACAAAGAGAAUUAACAUUAAGCCAAUUGAAGUUGCAAGUGUUGAACAAUACCAGAACUGAAACUACAACACAAUUGUUACAGAAACACUUGCAGGCCAAGCAACAACAACAACAAGCAGCUGCCCAGCUUCAACAACAAAAUAUCGCGUUACAAAUGAAGCAGUUACAAGCUCAGGCUAAACAAGCGCAAGUGAAUGAGGAACAGCAAAGGCUACAGCAACAACAGCAUAUUGCUUUCCAAAAUCAGAAAAAUCUUAACACUGUAAUGCUUAACGGGGAUCAGAAGAAUGUGGGUUUAGUUUUAAAUGGGGCUGAUGCGGCAGUGCUUUAUCAGUUUAUGCAAGGUAAGCCUGCUAAAUUGAUAAACGGGCAUAGUAGGACAACUAGUUUGCCUAAUUUCGUUUUGGCUGAUAUUAAACGGGAAUAUAUUGAAGAAGUUAAGCCUCCUCCUGAAAUUAAAAUUGAGUAUUCAGAUAUAAGUGAAAUCCCCAAGCCACCGCCGUUAUAUGAGGAAGCUACUAAGCAAAUAAAGAAAAAUAGUGUCAAAAGUCAAAUAGUGGAUGAUGUUUUGGAGAUAUUGAUCAAAAAUGGUGAGUUGCCGGCUAGUGCAGCCUCAUACCCUUCGACUCCUGGCUCUGCCGGCACUAAAGCACAGGAACCAUUGUAUCCGAAUAAUCAAAGUUUGUUGACUGAUCUCGAAAAUAACGUUCAAAUGAUCGAUACGAGUAGUCCUGAACAUUCAGCACUUUCUGGUAUCGAUCCUACAGAACUGUUAGAAUCUUUGGACAAUAUGGAUUUCAACCAGUUAGUCAUGGAUUUGGGGCAAGUUAGCGAAAACAAUAAUUUACAGACUGAAGAACAAAAUAGUGUUGUGCCUAUGGAUACUGAUGAAUGGCUCGAGGCCCUUAUGUCUGGCGAUAAUAGCUAUCCAGGUACAAAUGGAAGUAACUCGUUGACUUUGAAUAGUCAAGAUAGUCAGGAUUUGGGGGUGGCGUAUGAUCCUUUAUUAGGCAUAGCUCAAGAUCCUUUUGAUCCGUUCAAUUUGGAGGAGUUUAGGCCGGCAGCUGAUAUUACUUUAUCAUGGGACAAAGUUGAUUAUGCUACGUAACUUGAGUUAGGAUGAAUAUUUAUUAGGUGAUGAUCCAUACUGGGGCCUUUUUGAUACUUUUUUUUUUUGAAGUGUGAUUGAUAGUUUAAGUAAGGAAAUAUUUUUCUUGGUCUGGAUUCUGUAUACUCAUAUACCGAGUGGGAUGUUAUCCUAAAAUAUAAACUAUAAUAAUAUUUAUUACAAUAUUAUAUUAUAUUCUCCGUACGCUUAUAUUCCAGUGAUGUGAAGUUCGGGUCGAUAUUAUUGACAUUCCAAACGUUAAAAAAAAUGUAUAUCGACUGCCGAUUCGCCAUUUUAAGUUUUUUAGAAAAAUAUAAAAUAAAACAGAGGCGUAGGGACCAGGACGGUCACAGACCAUUGACUCGGAGUCACAUCGUUCGUCAGCAGUCGGGAUGAUACCUUGCAUUGUAUAUAUUACGAUUUUUUUCUUUUUUUUUUUUUGUAGAUAUUUAACGCCUAUUUUAAGUUUAACUGUGUAAAUAAUUACGUUGAAUGGGACAACUUUGGGAUGCGUCAUUUUUUUUUUUUUAGUUUAAGUUGUUGAUUUUGAGUUAUUAGGAAGGAUAACGGCAAUGUUGUGGUUAUAUAAGGGUAGUGCUAAAUAACUGGUGGUUAGUGGAAGGAAAGUUGACUUCUAAAGAUCAAAAUUAGUUUCAAGGGCACUAGAGGAUGGUAAGGAUUUCAAGAAAGAAUUUUCCAUUUUUUAUUAUACUCGUCUUCCUUUUUCUUCAUCGAUCAUCAGUUAGUGAGUGGCACCAUGUUUUUUAUAGAAAUUUGUUUUUAUUUUUUUAAAUUUUAGAGCAUUAUUUUUAUUUUUUGUUUUUUCUAUUCAUCCCCUAAUUCAAAAUCAACACAAAUUGUAUUUUGUGAUUUGUUUAUUAUAGGUCUGUUCCAACCGACAUGAAAACCAGUAAUUUUCAGUGGUCCAUUUAUUUUUCAAUAAGUUGAACGUUUAACCCACUAUUGAUGGACUAGAAAUUAUCGUUCUAUGUCAGUUGGAACAGAGCUUUUAUAUAAAAAGGCAUUUUCGUUUUUCUUGCUAGUCAAUUAAAUGUACUUAAAUUAAAUUAUUAUUUAGUGUAAUAUUUUACUCAGGUGCUCAUUAAACAAAUUUUUUUUUAGAUGAAUUAUUAGAUAAAUUUAAAUUAUUUAGGUCGUUAUUUUUAGGCUCUCUUCACAGUUAAAACUGUACCCAGCCUUAGGCGAGUGUUUUUCUCUCGAAUUGGGCUUGUUUAUUAAAUUGUAUUGUAAUAAUGCUCAAAUAACAAUAAAAUUAGCUGCGUAAGAAGAAUUUAAUAUACAAGAUAUGAAAAACGUGAAAUUUUCUUCAUUAUAGGAACAUUUUCAAUUAUAUAAUCCUGUAGCAAAAUAAGUAUAUCCACUUUAUACAACAAACUAAAUAUUUUUGGACCAAAUUUAGUAGUUUAUAUAGUCAAACAAUAUAGUACUAGUAAACGAAAAAUACUCUCAGUUAGAAUAAUUAACUAUUAUUAGUAAUUCCAUUUGUUUGGUGCGUUAGCUAAGCCUUCCAAAGUUGUCUGAAGGUUUAAAAACCAAACCUUAGCCCAGUGUCAAAAAAACAAAACUUGUUUGAUUGUUUACUUUUUUUUUUUGAAAAAUUCGCCUUUAUUAGUAUUUAAUUUAAGCAAAUGUUAGGACAUUCAAUUUAUUUUGUUGACUAUUUGUAUUAUAAUUGAUUAAUUACAUAUUAUUAUAAUAAUUAUGGCAGCCAUAUUGCCAUGGCUGUGCGAGUAAAUGUGUGUUAAUUUAAUUUAAAAAUUUAAAAAAAUUAUAUUUGAGUAUGGCGUUCCUAAACAAAAUGCUAAUUUUUAUUUGUGGAUAGAAUGAUGAUUAAUAAAUCUGAUAUUCGUAUGUGAGAAACAUAA